GCGAUUUUCUCGAAUGAAACAGAAAUUUUCUCUGCUGUCAGUUUUCUUCCAAUUCCAAUUGCUGGGAACUGCACAGUAGCUGAGGAUGGAGGCAUUUGGACUGAGGUCUUGUAGACGAAUUGUGAAAAUUUUAGAGAUUAUAUAAUCAAUCUUGAAAUAUUAGGCACUUCUCCAAGGACAAAGAGACGUGAAAGAUGUUAGGCAGAUCAUCAGCAAUGAUAAAAACGCAGGCGCAUGAUACCCUUUAUGUGGUCCUUUUUGCUAGCAAGCGCGCGUGAUCGCUUUGUGCACCAUCAACCUUCCCUAUUGCUCAGCUUGUCAACUCAUGCAAAAAGGUUUUUCUCUAUUUUCGACCGUCUGUUGUUAGGUUCAAAUUUCACUGUCAAUAAUCUCUCGUAGAUAGGUGAUCUGUUAGUACCAUUGCAAAUCUCUACGGAUCUAACCUUGGACCAGUGUAACCUUUUCCUCCCUAAACUUUCUUUUGUAUCAAAGAGAAAAAAGGUUCUUUCUCUCUACUUUUGGAGGUUUUUUAUUUUUUUCUCUCAUGUUUUUACAGUUACACACAUCGAAUGGGGAUUUGAGAAUUUGGAAGAGUGUCAGUUGGGACAACGUGUGCCCCCCAUUAGGGUAACCUAAGACAAAUUUUUGUGGAAGGGGUCACAAAUGAAAUUAUGAGUUGGGU